AUGGCGGAUUCAGAGUACUCGGACGAUGAGAUGGAAUAUGAGGGUGGUCCCUCUACCCAAACAGUUAUUCUGCCUUAUGAUGUUGCCGUGGCCCUUGAUAUGCCUCGCACGCCGUCCAAUUUGGAAGUGGGCAACUUCAUGAUCGAUCUCACCCUCUACUCGCCCCCAACGAGCUCCGUCCUCCCCAAAUCUGCCAGCUCAUUGAACAUGAUUUCACAAUCGCGCCGGUCUGGUAUCCUCACCUACAGUUCUCCGUUGGUAGACGUUGCCCGGAGAAUGGUGCGCUUGCCGCUAUAUGUCGUUGGCUGGCAUCGAGAAGCGGAGACGCUAGAGGUACCGAUGAUGGAGAAGCUGGAGUUCGCACGGGGUGCGCGAAACUUGCCACAGAGCUUGCGUCUGGAAAUCCACAGCGAUGGGAAGCUGCAAAUAUAUUCUGCGCGCGUGGAAUUCCGGGCGCGCUUUACUGGGCUUCGGUGGUUUAUGUAUCGUUGGAAGCUUACGUCAUUUGUGAUUUUCAGCUCUAUGUUCUGGACCGUCUCGAUGGCUUCUGCUAGCUUUACUUGGUUCGUGUUGAAUUUGGUUCUGCAACCCGGGCCUGUGUCUACGGAAAAGAUUAAAGAUGAGGAUCAAGAUCAAGAUCUCGUGAAAGAUGAGCCCGAAAGCGAAGCCAUCGGCUCAUAUAGUGAAGCUGUUAAAGUCAAGAAAGAAGAGCCUGAAGAACAAGCCAGUAGCUCCUUGUUACAGAGCUAUCUAGCUGGUGAAGACGAUGGCGUUGGCUCUGGGCUUGAGGAUCCAGAGGAGCGAGGCUUGCAGAAAAGAAGAAGCCAUUUGACGGAGUAUGACAGCUGA